AUGCAUCCAGAGAAUUCGCUCAAUGUAACACUCUCUUGCAUUCAUGUAUUUGCAUCGGCUCACUUUUGUGUUCAAGUUUUCCAAGAAUUGGACUUUAAGGACAUGACAGAUUUCACAGUCACUCCUCAAUUGGAUUCACUCACGAGGAAGGAAUUAUUCAUGGAAGAAACACCAUCUAUCAGUGUAAUGGAUGGUGCUGAAUCCUUGUGUGGUACUGUUGAUUGUGAUAUUGACACUUUGGAAACACCUAGAACUGCUGCAACCAUUUCCACAAAUGGUGGUGGUACUGGUGUGUCUUAUAGUGCAUUUAGAUCUUCAAUUGAUGAAGAGUUUCAUCAUCAUGUAAAUCAUCAAUUGCAUGAUUCACCAAAUAGUACUAUGGAACAAACAACGCAAGAUUCGAUUAAAUCGAUCGUAUCAACAUCAACAACAAGUAUUGUACAAGAUUCAAAGAGGGAUGUGCAGAUAUCAUCCAUAGUAACAACAAAGGAAAGAGCCAGCUCAAUAGUCAACACUGUUUCAACUGCAACAGUGAUACAAGAACAGGAACAAGCUCAAGUUGGAUCAAAGGAAAGAACCAACUCGAUAGUCAAUUUGAUGGGUACAAGUGGUGAAAACCUUAAUGCCAUGCCAGCACAAACUAUUGUGAACAAUACAGAGAAGAAUGUUGCUGCAAGUGCAGUUCCUAAUACUACACCAGCAACAGUGUCCAGUAAUACGAAUGUUGUUGAAAAAGAUGAACCAACAGAAGUUAGUACGCCCAAAAGAAACAAUGAAAUUCCAGCCAUUGCUGUAACUCCAAGUGAAGAUGGUAUAGUUUCACCUCAAUCCAUAAAGUUGAAUACAACCGAUUCACCAUCAGCAACAACUCCCACCAGAGAAGAAAGACCAAGAAAGCAUCUAAGCCAUCGAUUUAAGAAUAAUUCAGAUAUGAGACAUUUCAUUAGGAGAGCUGUUGGUAAAACUGAAAGUAUUGACAUUGAUAAUUUUCACAUUGAUAUGAGAGAUCAAAUUAGUGCAGAUAGCGACAGUUCAUCCGAUGAAGAAUUUGCAGAAUGUAAUGAUUAA